AUGGUGAACGGAAACCACGAAAACAAUGAGAAUAACGAGAACAACGAGAAUACUUACGAAGAAAACGGUAACAAUAUACCCUAUCAUCUAAAAAGAACUUAUGAGAGUCUAACUAGAAGGCAGAGAGAAAUUUAUGAUGAUUUUCCCUCUCGUGAUGCAAAAAUUCUUUAUUUAGAAGGGCUUAUCGAGGAGAGGAAAAAAUCAGAAAUUGGAUCUGAAAGCGAAGAAGAAUCUACAAAGUAUUUUAUUGUAUUGUUGAGUAGUAUCUACUACUUGGCUAAAAUUCUUAUACCGGGAAUAACUAUGGAAAGACUAGGAAUACUUUAUAAUAAUAAAUCGACUGGACCGAUGCACAAACCUGUAUCCUUAUCAAUGAGCGUAGAAAUAGGAACGAAGAAUAAUCAUAACUUGGGAAGGAAUAAAGAUGUAUUUUGGGAAAGUAUUGCGACUAGAAUUAAUGAAGAGCUUGGUUCUAAUUCUUGGGACACUAUUGCGAUGUGUGAAUAUAUGAAUGGAAGCCGAACAGUUCGAAGGAGCCGAACAGGAGCUAGAUAUUUUGAUGAGUUUCGCACUCAUUUUUGGGAAAAACCUGAAGAUGCUUUCGAUAGAAUUCGUAACAUGAGUAUCUCCAAUCGUAGACGAGGCAGAGGAAUUGUUUCACCUGCACCUUCUAUUGGGAAAUAUAGUACAAAUUUGAAAUAUGAUAUUCACUAG